CAUACUGCCGGCAUUUACUCGAUUUUCAUAGCAAAUACCACGUAAGAUUACAAUUACACACUCAUCCAUUGGUCCCAAUCACUCAAAUUAUGCACCGUGCAAUAAGCCAGCAGUUAGCGAUAUUAGCGGCAUUAGCUUUAAGCGUGAGUUGGUGUGCCGCCGAUGUUCCACGUCCCCGCGGAGUUUCGCUCAUAAAGGCACCGCUAUAUCAGCCCCGAGCUGGCGACAAUAGCUGGACCUGCUUGGAUGGCAGCAAAACGAUUCCCUUUGUUCAGGUAAACGAUGACUACUGCGACUGUCCGGACGGGAGCGAUGAGCCGGGCACAUCAGCGUGUGCGCAGGGCCAAUUCCACUGCCUCAACAAAGGUCACGAGUCGGUGGACAUUCCCAGUUCGCGCGUCCAGGAUGGCGUCUGUGACUGCUGCGACGGCAGCGAUGAGUCACAGGUGGUUGGGUGUGCAAACACCUGUGCAGAGUUGGGCGCUGCAGCUGCCAUACAGCGCAGAAAUCAAGCAGAGCUCCACAAGCAGGGCGCCGAAAAGCGGCAGGAGAUGAUAACACGAGGCAGACAGCUGAGAGCAGAUAGAGAAACCCGCCGCCUGGAGCUGGAGCGACGCAUUAAGGAUCAGGAGGCUCUGAAGUCUGAGAAACAGCAGAUCAAGAUCAACGCCGAGGCCUUGGAGAGCGAUGCUCUGGAGGUCUUCAAGGAGCAACAACGGGAGCUGGAUGCCGAUACCGUCCAGGCCGAAGAGGAGCCCCAGCAAAUGCGCCAGGAAGCAUCGCUCAGUUUUGGUGUGUACGAUAUCAACAAAGAUGGCUUCGUGGAGGUCACCGAGCUGAUGGUGGACAUCAAUCUCGACCGCGAUCGCAAUGGCGUUGUCACCGUGGAGGAGGCCAAAUACUUCUUGGAUGAGCGAGAGCGUGUGGAUUUAGAUGCCUUCGUCACCCUGGCCUGGCCACGCAUCAAGCCCUUGAAAAUGCUGGCCGAGGGUCUGUUCCAGCCCCCACAUGCGGAUGAGCAGGUUCCACCAGUCGGAGAAGUGCCAGUUAAGGCGAAUACUGAAGGAGUCCAGCAAUCGCAACCACAGCCCACCGAAGAACAAAUCGACAUGGAAGCUAGUGAGGCUGACGAAGAAGGCGACGAAGACCAGUACGAUGACGAGGAGGGAGAUGUGGGUGUGGGCGAAGCCUCGCCGGAAAUUGAAGCUCCUGCACCGCCCGUCUACGACCCAGAGACGCAGCGUCUCGUCGAACAGGCCAACGAGGCCCGCAAUGCUUUGGAGGAGGUCGAGCGCAACAUACGCGAGAUCGAACAGGAAGUGAAGGAGAUCGAUGAGCAGAGUGCCAAGGACUAUGGCCAGCAAGAAGAAUGGGCAGUGCUGGACGGCGAAUGCUACAACUUUGAGGAUCGUGAAUACGUGUACACUCUGUGUCCGUUUGACAGGGCCUCGCAGAAGCCGAAAAACGGUGGAGCCGAGACCACGCUCGGUCGCUGGGAGCAAUGGAUUGGCGAGGGAUACAAGUACUCAAAGCAGAAGUACGGCAAUGGUGCCGCCUGCUGGAACGGCCCCCAGCGGUCGGCCAUUAUCAACAUUAGCUGCGCCCUGGAGCCACGUAUCACAUCUGUCGGCGAGCCCAAUCGCUGCGAGUACUACUUUGAGUUUGAGACACCAGCCGCCUGCGGUAGCGAAGCUCAACAGGCGGAGAGCGUUCACGACGAACUUUGAGAAUACGAUGGAACGGUAAUGUGUGGAUAGCACGAAGAGAUUCGGUUUUUGAGGCGGAUUGUAUUUUAGUUGUAGUGAGCCGAGUUGAAACUUUUGAAAUAUCAAAUUUGUCGCGAUCAUUCCCAUGCUGAAAGUAGCGAGGGCGGCCAAGGCGCGAGCGAACAUCAUUAAGAAAUAUAGUGAAAUCAUUCAAUCUAUGCAUUUAAGCAAAACUUUAGAAAA